UAUAUAGAGCAGCCGCCGCAACCCCCGCUCCCGCACUGCUGAGAAGCUGAGCCUUCGCGGUGCGACCCCCGCCCCAAGUCCUAGCCUGUUUCCCGCACAACUGCGCCUUCCCAAUCCCCCUGCCCCCGCGUCAUUCAGCCGCCGCCACCUUUGCCUGCCUCUUCCUUUCGCCAGGGGCUGUGUGUGUUGUCGCCCCAGCUCCGCUGCUCUUGCUUUCAACAGCUCUAACUCGAGAUUUGGGGGGACCCCUCUUCCCUACUCCACGCCGCUUCUUCGCACCCCAGCUCUCCUUACAUCCUCGCCGAGUCGCUUGUUUUACGCCCACUGUUGCUUCUCCUGAGCUUUUUCGGGGGGUCAUCGCUGCAAUCCCCCCUUUGGGCUUUGCUCCUCCCCACUCUGCGUUGACUGCACCCCAUUUUUGUUGCCUUUAGUUCUGUGCCUGGCUCCUUUUUUCUCCAUCUCGGUUGCAGUCGCUGGUGCUCCCGCUCUCUCCGCAGGGCAUCGCACCCAAGGAUCCAAGGCAAAGCCUCCGGCCAGACGGGCUCGGCUUUCUGGGGGUCCUUCCAGCCCUUUGCGCGUCGGCUUUUCCGAAGGUUCCCCCAUCCGUAGCCCCGGCUAGCGUCUCACCUUCCCGCCUCUCGUGCCCCUUCUUCAGGCCUGCCUAGCCCCUAGCCCCAGAGCCGCAGAAAUGGUCACCGAAAAGGAGAAGACCGGUGAACAGGUGAUGGAGGAAUGGAAAGAGUUCGUGUGGAAUCCGCGGACUCACGAGUUCAUGGGCCGUACCGGGACCAGCUGGGCCUUCCUCCUCCUCUUCUACCUCGUUUUCUAUGGGUUUCUAACUGCUAUGUUCACCCUCACCAUGUGGGUCAUGCUGCAGACUCUCUCAGACCAUGUUCCCACGUAUCAGGACCAGCUUACCACACCAGGCCUGAUGAUUCGUCCCAAGACUGAGAACCUUGAGGUUUUGAUCAACCUCACUGACAACAGCUGGAACAAGCAUGUGCAGAUACUUGAUAAAUUCCUGGAGCCCUACAAUGACUCAAUCCAGGCCCAGAAGAAUGAUGUCUGCCGCCCAGGGCAUUAUUAUGAACAACCAGAUAAUGGGGUUCUCAAUUAUCCCAAGCGGGCUUGUCAGUUCAACAGGACACAGCUGGGUGACUGUUCAGGGAUUAGCGACCCUACGCACUAUGGCUACAGCACUGGACAGCCCUGCGUCUUUAUCAAGAUGAAUCGGGUCAUCAACUUCUAUGCAGGAGCCAAUCAGAGUAUGAAUGUUACCUGUGCAGGAAAGAGAAAUGAGGAUGCCAAAAAUCUUGGUGACUUCACUAUGUUCCCUGCCAAUGGCAACAUUGACCUGAUGUAUUUUCCCUACUAUGGCAAGAAGUUCCAUGUGAAUUACACGCAGCCUCUGGUGGCUGUGAAGUUCAUGAAUGUGACCCCCAACGUGGAAGUAAACGUUGAGUGCCGAAUUAAUGCAGUCAACAUUGCCACUACUGAUGAGCGUGACAAGUUUGCUGGCCGGGUAGCCUUCAAACUCCGAAUAAUCAAAAAGACCUGAGUGUGCUCACUGCAGCCCUCCCUCUCCCUGUCUUCCCCCAGGGCUUUAUGGAAUGUGCUUUCUGAAUGCCUCCUUUCCUGCCUGAUGUCCCCUCCCUGCCCCUCCCCCAACCCCUUCUUUGCCCCAAAGGUAUUUUUUACAACCAGCUAUAAUUCCAUCCACCUCCUUUCUCAACUCCCAUCCCUGUUGGGUGGUAGCCAUUUUGAUUCCCUGGAAGAAUACCUUCUUCCACUGAAGCUAUGCCAGAGGUUUAGAGCAGGUUGGCCAGUCCAGGUACUUGUGUGGCUACUGGUGAAGUACAAUUGCCCUUCCUUUUUCUAUGGACCCAACAACUGCUCUCUUCUCAAGUUUUCAUGCCUGAGUGUCCCCUUAGUGAGGGUUACUCUUCUGAUUACAAACCCAUCUCCCUUAGUGACUUGGGGAUAAGAUAUAUGGGGACCUAUAUGUUGGGCCCCCCCCUUUUCUCCUUAACUUACUACUAAUCGUGCCCCCUUUCCCAUCUGCUUUACUCACCAAAAACGCUUUAGGUGGCCAUUUUUGAGUUGAAGAUGGAGUCUGACUUUUUCCCCACAUCCGUUUUCCACACCAUCUUACUGAAGCCUUUAAAUCGCCAUUUCCUAGGAUUCCUUGUUCUUCCAAUUCUCUACUACUCCCUUCCCCAUAAGGUGGAUGUCUGAGCUGAAAAAUGGGGUGCCCUCUCCCCUCCCCUGGGCUCUAAAGGAGGAUAUUUGAGAACAGGGAUGCUAUUUUGUUUCUUCUUGACUGAAGAUUCACAAACCUGAUUCCUUUCUGAUAUUUUCCAUAACCAGGUGUCUGCUGUUCCAAGACUGUUUGGACAUUUAGUCUAUUUAUCUCUGCAUAAUUUCCUUAUAAACAUUUCCUUAGAGCAUCCCGUCCUGCCACUCCAAACUCCAUUUUCCCAAUGCUUCAGGUAGCCAUCUUGAACUGGCUUUGUCCCAGGGGGCCACUUUGCAAACCUCAUCUGGCUGUGGUCAUAUGCCACCUCCUUUCCCUGUGUCCUUAGUCUACCCUCUCUUAACUGGCUAACUUAUAUCAACCUGAACCUUUUGAUUCCACCUUUCAAUUUGAAAAUGGCUCCUCCCUCCAAACCUUCUCUGCCUUUUUAACCCUAUAAUUCCCAUUACAUGUUUAAAGAUGCCCCUGCUCAGAAGUAUUUUUUAAUCACAGAGGCGUUUUAAUGCUUAACCUUUCACUUUUCCCCAUCCCAAAUCUGUUCUACCCUAAUUAAUGCUGCAUUCUCCUCUUCCUUGGAUCUGUCCCUUUUCUCUUGAGAUCAGGCAAGGCCUGCAUUCAAAUCCUGCCUUUUACUUACUACCUAUGUGACCAUGGACAAAUUUCUUAAUCUUUUUUUGAGCCUCAGUUUCCUCAUCUGUAAAAUGAGGAUAAUACAUGUAGUACCAAUUAUCUCACAGGGUUUUGUUGUGAGGUUAAAAUGAGAUAAUGUAUGUUAAAACCAUGUUUCAAAAACAUAGCUAGAUUAUUCUGUCUCACCCACCUCUGCCCCUAUUUCCCCUUACCUCCAGACCCCCAGAGGUCUGUCUCUGCAGUUAUUUAAUAAUGCCUGUGUCAGAUCUACUGUAAAAGAUAAAGUACAAUACGAGAGAUUAUAUACAUAUAUACACAUAUAUAUAUAUAUAUCACACACCUAA